AUGUGGAAUUUUGCAUCCAGUUGCCUAGCUGGAAGUGUUAGAUUGAACAACUCUCCAAAGCCAACUCAAGUUCCUUCAGAAUGCUCAGAUGACGAGGCAUCUUCUGUCCUCAGCAGAGAAGAAGGUCUAGAGUGCCCGAUAUGCUGGGAAUCCUUCAAUAUUGUGGAAAAUGUGCCUUAUGUUUUAUGGUGUGGCCAUACUCUCUGCAAAAAUUGCAUUCUAGGACUUCAAUGGGCUGUUGUGAAAUUCCCUACAUUACCAAUUCAGCUUCCUCUCUUUAUUUCUUGUCCAUGGUGCAAUUUAUUAUCCUUCCGCUUUGUUUACAGAGGGAACCUCAGAUUUCCUCGCAAGAAUUAUUUUCUACUUUGGAUGGUUGAGAGCAAGAAUGGUGAUAGAGACAAGCCUCAUGGCACGUUCUGUGAAGAUCACCAAACCCACUGGUCAUCAGACAGUAAUUUAGCCCUUGGAAAUCAGGUAAGCCAUGGUAACAUCAGGAGGGGACAAUAUGUUCAUCACGCUGAGCCAUCAGAGACAAACCAUAAUCAUAAUCAUGUCAACAGUUACCUCAAUGUGGGGAGAAUUCAUUCUUCUUUUCAGAAGUCACUUGUUUUCUUUGUUCAUCUGACAGCAAAGUUCCCAUUGGUCGUCAUAUUUCUUUUGAUCCUCUUUUAUGCAAUACCAGCUAGUGCAGCCAUUUUGGUCCUGUACAUUCUUAUCACUGUUCUGUUUGCUCUCCCAUCAUUUCUCAUUCUGUACUUUGCUUACCCUACUUUGGAUUGGCUUGUCAGAGAAAUCAUCACUUGA